AUGGGCGGUUUCGGUGUGAUUGUAAACGAGGAGGGUCUAUCGAAGGGCACGUGGUUACCAGAGGAGGAUCGAGUGCUAAUGGAGUAUGUGGAGUGUUACGGGGCCAAGAACUGGGGUAACCUGGUAACCAGAGGGCUGCUGAGACGCUCUGGGAAAAGUUGCAGGCUGCGAUGGGUGAACCAGCUGAAGCCGGGCCUGCAGAGGUACGGUGGCAAGGGCUGCAAGCGGUUCACGGAGCAGGAGUCCAACAUCGUACUCGCCCUACAGCUGAAUGACGCCCACAACAUGCCUCCUUCCUUCUCUUGCUUUUCCCUUCACACGCCUUCUCCACCGUCUCCGCUCCCCCUUCUCCCAUCGCCUACCCCCACCAGGAGGCACCGGGGCGGACGGACGCCCAGAGACGCCCAGAGGAUCGCUGGGCAACAAGUGGGUGCAGAUCGCGAGGCACCUGCCGGGGCGGAGAGGCACACACGGCCAGAUUUGUUCCUCCUUUCCCUUCUCACACCCGCCCCUCCCUCGCACUCUGCCUCCUCCCCUGCCUUUCCCCACCAGGAGACGCUGCUGCUAGUGGCGGAGACUCUGGGCAACAAGUGGGCGCAGAUCGCGAGGCACCUGCCAGGGCGGAGGGACACACACGGCCAGAGCUGUUCCUCCUUUCUCUUCACACGUGCCCCUCCCUCGCACUCUGCCUUCUCCCCAUGCUUGCGCUGUCCCCACCAGGAAACCCUGGGCAACAACCCGCUGCCCACCAUCCAGGAAGGCCCUGACGCCCUUCAUACCCGAGAUGGGCUGGAUGUUGUUGUUCAGAUGCAUGGCGAUGUGGGUCAGGUGCAAGGAGGUGUGGCGUCUGAUGCUGCAUUGGAAAGGGGCGUGGCUACGGCUGCUCGUGCUGCUGCUGCUGGUGAUGCUGUAGCGCUGUGGCUGGAGGUGGGUGCAGUGAGACGGCUGGUAGUGGUGCGAGUGGUGCUACCGGUGGGAGUGGUGGGGGGUCUGCGAGUUUUGGGGGGUCUGUGA